AUGCCUAAAAACGGGAGCAGAAUUAGAAACUUUAAGAACAGCGAGCAUUUUGAACAUGAUGAUCGGACGCAUAGCGGUAACACAAGGCGUGUUAGUUUUAAACCAGGCACCCACAAAGGGAAAAAGUGGAACAAGCCUAUGAUGUUACUUGAUGAUGCUGAUAUUGAUAUGACUGGGUCUGUAGGACCCCACAUGCGCCAUAAGGGAUCUUUUAGAGGACGUGGUGGCAGGUUAAUUUCUCCUGCCCCCAUGUCAGGUCGUGGGCCUAUGAGGAAGAGGUUAAACCCUGGAUCGCUACCUUGGUAUCAGAUUAUUAUACCAUAUGGGGCAAAACAUCCCAAAGAUGUUAUUUUACGAUCACUUCUCAGCUUUGUAUCACCUGAUGUUUUUAUACCGCACUAUUACAAAACUAAUGGCAAUGCAGCAGUUUUUUAUGUGGAUGAGUUCAAACUGGCUGAGAAAUUACUUCAUGCAGACAGAAAAAUAGUUAUGUCUGAUGGAUUCAAACUGAUGAUAAUUGUGAGAAAUGCAGUCCCAAAUGUUGUUGUUGAUGCGGAUAUGAAAGAGAAGAUGAAGCUUACCAUGGCUAAAAGAUACAAUCCAGCAACAAAGGCGUUAGACUUAACCAAAUUUCAUGCAGAUCCAGAUUUAACAGAAAUAUUCUGUGCUCUAUUUCGUCCCGUCAUUAUGUUGGCAGCCAUUGAUAUCAUAGCUGAAAAUAUCCCAGAUCUUGAGGCAUUGAACCUCAAUGAUAACAAGCUGCAUGGUAUUGACCAUCUCAAGGCACUGCCCAAUAAAUUGAAAAAUUUGAAGAUUUUGUAUUUAGGUGACAAUAGGAUUCCAUUCCUUGGUUCGCUGGACUCAAUGAAGAGCCUUCCAUUAGUGGAGCUUUACCUCAAAGGCAAUCCAUUGGUCAACAGGUUUCAGGACCACGAGAUUUAUAUCAGCGAUGUGCGGAAGAAGUUUCCUAAGCUGGUCAAAUUGGAUGGAGUGGAGCUGCCCCCGGCCAUCGGUUUCGACGUCCAAGAUAAUUGUGCCCUCCCACCACGUCAACAAUCAUUCCUCGUAGAUCCAGCCGGCCAAAACUUAGUUCGUGAAUUCCUUACUCAGUACUAUGCUAUCUAUGAUGGAGAAUCCCGCCAGCAAUUACUUGAGGCUUACCACGAACAUGCCACAAUGUCUUUGGCCGCUAAUUACUUGACAAAUGAUAGCCGGAAUUCUCCUACACUAAGACUGAACUCUUACAUCUCGAACAGUCGCAACAUCAUACGUAUCACAGAACGUGAGUCGCGGCGCCGAUACUUGCGGGCGGGCAAGCUUCAGGUGGUAUCUUUCUUGUCGGACCUGCCGAAGACCACCCACGAUCUUAUGGGCUGCGCUGUUGAUCUGUUGGUAUUUACUCCAUCAAUGAUCGUUCUCACAAUGAACGGUCUGUACAAAGAGACCACCACGAACGGCAAUCCCAUGCGUUCGUUCCAUCGGACGUUUGUUAUCGUACCGAACGCGGGUGGCGGUUUCUGUAUCAUCAAUGACAUGCUGUAUGUCACCAACACUACUAAGGAACAGGAGGAGAAGGCGUUCGCAGCAGCACUGCCGGUGGAGGCGGCACCCGCCCCCGCGUCCCCCGCCGCCCCCGCCCCCGCGCCCGCGCCGCAAGACGCCGAGGCGCAGAAGAUGAUGCUCGCCGCGCUCAGCCAGCAGACCGGCAUGAACGAGCAUUGGAGCAUCAACUGCCUACAAGAAACAGGUUGGGAUUUCCAGCGGGCGUUAUUCGUCUUCAACCAACUAAAUUCAGAAGGAAAAAUCCCUCCAGACGCCUUCGUCAAGUGA